GUGAAGUGGGUCUUGAUUGACGUCUGGUUCUUCUUGUCGACAACAGUGGGAGUUUAAAUAAAAAACAAUGUUCAGCGAUUUUAUUAGUAUUUAUGUAUAAUAACUGUGUGUGCGAUUUAAUUUUGAAUUUGGAAUAGUGAAUAAAUAUUUGUCAGGUCGAGUUUCAAUAGAUUUAUCUGCAUUAAUUCUUGGAUUUUUAUAUACAAGCCCAAAAAUGGCAAAAAAGCUUGCAGUACAACCCUCCUUACAUAAGGUAAUAAUGGUAGGCAGUGGAGGAGUUGGUAAAUCCGCUCUUACCCUUCAGUUUAUGUAUGAUGAAUUUGUAGAAGAUUAUGAACCUACCAAAGCUGAUUCUUAUAGAAAAAAAAUACUCCUUGAUGGAGAAGACGUACAAAUUGAUAUUCUUGAUACUGCUGGUCAAGAAGAUUAUGCAGCUAUUAGAGAUAACUAUUUCAGAAGUGGUGAAGGAUUUCUCUGUAUAUUUUCUAUUACAGAAGAUGAAAGCUUUCAGGCAACCCAAGAAUUCAGAGAACAAAUACUUAGGGUAAAAAAUGAUGAAAACAUUCCAUUCUUAUUAGUGGGUAAUAAGUGUGACCUAGAAGAUAAAAGAAAGGUAUCCCUUCAAGAAGCCAAUGACAGAGCAAAGCAGUGGGGAGUUCCUUAUGUAGAAACAUCAGCAAAAACACGGGAACAUGUAGAUAAGAAGCAGUUAGUGUAGAUAAAUGGGGCUUACAGAUAUUGUGGUUUUAGGUGAUGAGUUCAUCAAAUUUUAAACAAGUUUUGUCCUCUAAAGAGAGUUAAAGAUUGAAGUUCCGUCUUGCAUAUUUUCGUCCCAGCAGAUGAAAUGUACAUAAAAUGUAUUCUGCAGAUUUUUAAUGAUAUACAUUUAAUUAAAUUUCAAAAGUUCCAAAGGCUAUUUAUUACCAGCACCUGUUUGAUUUUUAAAAAUAUAAGAGCUAAUCAUACCUUUUCAUUAGCCUUCUAUCUUUCUUUUCCAACUUCGAAAUUUCCAAUGUUGGGAACUGCAGAUAAGGACAUAUUUUCUUUACCGUCGUUAUUUUUAAGCCUGUAAACAAUAAUGUA